AUGGCGAGCACGAGGGGGAGAGGAGCGGGCGGCGUGGCCGUCGUGCCAAUGGCGGUGAUCCGGCUUGGCGUGGUGGCCAUCGUCGUCCUCGGCGCCGGUGUGAUCGGCGCGCGCGCGCAGCUCAGGAUGGGGUUCUACGACGAGAGCUGCCCCGCGGCGGAGCGGAUCGUCGGGGAGUACGUCCGGCAGCACGUUCGCCGCGUCCCCACCGUCGCCGCCGCGCUGCUCCGGCUGCACUACCACGAUUGCUUCGUCAGGGGUUGCGACGCGUCGAUUCUUCUCAACUCCACGGGCGGCGGCGCCGGCAAUGGCGGUGGCGCGGCCGAGAAGGACGCGGCGCCGAACCAGACGCUGCGAGGCUUCGACUUCAUCGACCGCGUCAAGGGCCUCCUGGAGGCGGCCUGCCCGGGCGUCGUGUCCUGCGCCGACGUCCUCGCGCUCGUCGCCCGCGACGCCGUCGCCGCCAUCGGAGGGCCGUCGUGGCGCGUGCCGACGGGGCGGAGGGACGGCACCGUGUCUAGCAUGCAGGAGGCGCUCGCCGAGAUCCCCUCGCCGGCGAUGAGCUUCCCGGAGCUCGCCGGCUUGUUCGCCACCAAGGGCCUCGGCGUGCGCGACCUCGUGUGGCUGUCAGGUGCGCACACCAUCGGCAUCGCCCACUGCUCGUCCUUCGCCGACCGCCUCUACGGCGGCGGCGGCGGCGGCGUCGGCAACGGCAACGGCACCGACCCGCCGCCGCUGGAAGCGGCCUACGCCGCCAACCUGCGGGAGCGCAAGUGCAGGACGGCCGGCGACGGCGUGGUGGAGAUGGACCCCGGCAGCCACCUGACGUUCGACCUCGGCUACUACCGGGCGGUGCUCAAGCACAGGGGCCUGCUCCGGUCCGACGCCGCGCUCGUCACUGACGCGGCGGCGCGGGCCGACAUCGCCGGCGUGGUGGACAGCCCGCCGGAGGUGUUCUUCCAGGUGUUCGGCCGGUCGAUGGCGACGCUGGGCGCGGUGCAGGUCAAGACCGGCUCCGAGGGGGAGAUCAGGAGGAACUGCGCCGUCGUCAACAGCUCCUGAUGAACUAAAAAAAAACGGAGCUAAUUUGCAUCCUUUUUUUUCAUGGAUUUUUUUUUCAGAGGAUAGCGUGAUUUUGUUCUUAUGAUUUUGUGAUCUGCAUUCGGUAAAAUUCUAGUACAAAUUUUGCUGCGCGUGUUCUUGUGUUCUCUGCUGUGUCCGACCGUCAGUUUGAUUGAGAGAUGCAGUAUUUGUAUAAUUUGCAGCUGAUGAAAAACUGAGACUGCAGAUGAAGUAUGAACAGGGAACAGGACACUAUUUUCCAAAGUUGCAUCAAAUUGAUUUUAUUAUACGCACAGGUACUAGCAAAUCUUGCUAGGGCAAAUGAUGCUACUUCA